UUAUAAUAAACAGUUAUUUGACCCUUCUUUUGGAUCCUAACAUUCUUCUCCAUUUCGCCAUUAAUAUUCAACCCGAACUUCGUAGAAAAAAGACUGCAAAUUGUAGAAUUAAUGGCAAUGGAGUUGACUCAAGUAUAAGUUUUGCGUUCAUUCAACGCCGAUAAGACACGUGGCUGGCUUGGGUUGUUUCUUAACAUGUGCCAUGGCCGUAUUGUACCGGUUACCUGAUACGAAGUCUGCAGACUAACAGUUAAGAGCAAAAACAUUUCUCAAGAAGUUGAAAAAAGAAGCCGGCAAUGGCGUUGGCGGGUCUUUACAGAAGAACUCUUCCCUCUCCUCCUGCAAUCGAGUUCGCUUCUCCGGAGGGCAAGCAACUGUUCACGGAAGCUCUUGCUGGAGGAACGAUGGAAGGCUUUUUCAAACUUAUAUCAUACUACCAAACGCAAUCGGAGCCUGCGUAUUGCGGACUCGCCACUCUCGCCAUGGUCUUAAACGCCCUCGCUAUCGAUCCUGGAAGAACCUGGAAGGGGCCUUGGAGAUGGUUCGAUGAUUCGAUGUUAGAUUGCUGCGAGCCUCUGGAGAAAAUCAAAGAUCAAGGCAUCACUUUUGGUAAAGUUGCUUGCUUGGCUGUUUGCAACGGUGCUGAUGUUGAAACUUUCAGGACCAACCAAUCUAGUUUGGACGAUUUUCGGCAACGCGUAAUUUCGUGUACUUCCUCCGAGGAUUGCCAUUUGAUCGUCUCAUACCACAGAGGAGUUUUCAAGCAGACAGGAAGUGGUCAUUUUUCGCCAAUUGGGGGUUACCAUGCUGGAAAAGAUAUGGUUCUGAUUUUGGACGUUGCUAGAUUUAAAUACCCUCCUCACUGGGUUCCUCUUUCCCUUCUUUGGGAGGCUAUGAACACUGUCGACGAAGCAACCGGACAUCGUAGAGGGUUCAUGGUUAUUUCAAAGCUUCAUCAAGCGGCAUCCGUACUUUAUACUGUGAGCUGUAGACACAAGGAUUGGAACUUUGUUGCAAAGUACUUGACAGAAGAUGUUCCCCUUCUCUUCACUUCCGGGUAUCUAAAAGAUGUUGAUGAUGUAUUAUGCCUUGUAUUCAAAUCAGCACCUCCCAAUUUGCGAGAACUCAUCAAGUGGGUGGCAGAGGUUCGGAGACAGGAUGAUGGCAGUACUAUGUUAGGUGAAGAGGAGAAACGAAGGCUUGCACUCAAGGAAGAAGUAUUGAAACAAAUACGAGAGACUGAACUAUUCAGACAUGUGACGAGAUAUUUGGCAUUUGAGAGCUCGUUGUGCAACAACGUGGCAUCUUUGGGUUAUGAAGAUAGGUUAGCUGACAUUGCUGCUAAUGUAUGUUGUCAAGGAGCAGAACUUCUAACGGGGAAAAUCGGGUCAUCAAAUGGAUUAUGCUGUAAAGGAACAAAUGUGAAGCUUAUAAAAACUGACAGUAAGGAGCCUGUCACAAUGGUUUCAGGCACGGUAAUUAGUAAUGGCACUGAACAAAGGGUUGAUAUGCUUAUCCCAUCAUCUCAAGUAGAGCCCAGUUGUUUGUGUGAUUUUGACCAAAAUAAUUGUUGUGGCAUGCAUCCAUCAAUGGGGGAUGGUCUGACAGUACUUCUUUUUGCCCUGCCUCAAGAUACCUGGUUGGGCCUUAAAGAGGAGAAGCUACAGGCACAGAUGAAAGGUCUUACAUUGGUUGCCAGUCUCCCGACUUUGCUUCGAGAGGAGGUUCUGCAUUUGCAACGGCAGCUCUAUUUCCUCAAGGCUGAUCUCAAUGUCUCAUCCUCAUCUGCUUAAUUUUUGGUUAGACAAGCAGCAUGCUGAAGAGCACUGGACCGACUUCUUUAUUGGUUACGUCAGGAACUCCUUUAGUUGUGCAGUUAUUCUGCAAUUUAGAAUUUAACAUGCAAUUUAUAAUUCUAUAUCUUUUUGGAAUCUGAAUAUUGAAUUUUUACCAAAAUUUUAAUAUUAGUUUAGUUUUCUUCCCAAA